AUGUUUGUAAAGACAAGGAAAGGUGGCUCAGGACGCAAGCACAGAGCAGAAGCCGGUGCUCAUGGGAAAUGUAGGCUUUGCUCAACUCAGCAGUCGACUCCUGUAUGUGGAUCUGACGGACACACCUACUCCUCCAAAUGCAAGCUGGAGUUCCAGAGCUGUCUAUCGGGGAAGACUAUUGCUGUUCGGUGUGACGGUCUGUGUCCCUGUUUGCCGGGUCAUGAGCUCCCAAAACGUCAGCACAGAGCAGAGAAGAGGGAGAAGAUGGAGAGAAAAGGCCUCUUCAUCUGA